UCACUUAGAAAUGCCUUUGCAGAAUUUUACAGUAGGCCUAAGUAUUUCUGUUUUACGUUUCUAAAGUAGGGUGGAAGUUUUGUUUAGAAAUCAAUCCAUGUUGUGUCUCUAUAUCUUGUUUCACAUCUGGAAAGGAUCUUUCUUUUGCCCUGAAAAAUUCUCCAAACCCUGUACACUUUGGAAAAAGGAAAACCACUUGUUCUCUUGAAAUGUUUAAUACUGCAGUAGAUGUUAAGAGUUAAUGAAGGAGUUAAAAUGAAUUGGAGAAGUGGACAUCCAUUGUUGUUAUGGCUCCUGAGCUUCGGCUUUAGUGCAAUGUGUGAGGAAAAUGAUUUCCCUGACUCUGUGGAGAAUCACACAGGAGGGACAAGUGUACCUGAAGUGCACAUACCUUAUUGCCCUCCGGACUGCAGCUGUAACCUGGAUGGAACCGUAGACUGUGGUGGCGUGGAUCUAAAGGAAUUUCCCAAGAACUUAUCAGACUCAAUAUUACACCUUUCUUUGCAGAACAAUGCUUUAGAGUUGAUCCCUAUGGAGGAGUUAUCAAGGCUUCAGAAUCUGGAGACUUUUAAUUUACAGAAUAACCGACUUACAUCAAAAGGGCUUCCAGACGAUGCAUUUUGUUCUCUUGAGAACUUGCUGUAUUUAUAUCUGGCGAACAAUAAGCUGACAGUUGCUCCAAAAUACCUGCCGAAAACCUUGGUGAGCGCUGAUGUUGCAGCAAAUUACCUUACAAAGAUCUAUCCCCUCACUUUUGGACAGAAGCCAAAUCUAAGGUCUAUUUAUCUUCAUAACAAUAAACUUACAGACGCAGGACUUCCUGAUCACAUGUUUAAUGGGUCAGAUGGUGUUGGAAUAUUAAUCAUGUCAAGUAAUUUCCUGAAGUACGUUCCCAAGAAUUUGCCAAAGGAAUUAUUCAGAUUGCAUUUAAAAGACAACAAACUUGAAAAGAUUCCUAAAGGAGCUUUUGAUCAUCUUUCCAAUCUUCGAGAACUAUAUCUUCACAACAAUUACAUAACUAAUGACGGAAUCGACAAUGAGACAUUCUGGAAACUGUCAAGCUUGGAAUACCUGGACUUGUCAAGUAACAAUCUGACACAAAUACCAAGAGGGUUGCCUCGGAAUAUUAUCCUCUUACAUUUGGAAAAAAAUGCUAUUAAAUCAAUACCUGCCAACUGGCUGACGCAGAUAAAAAACCUUGAAUAUCUCUUGCUUCAUAACAACAAGAUAAAGGCAAAAGCAAUUCAUCCACUUGCAUUCAAGGGGCUUAAAAAACUUCAUACAUUUCAUCUCUACAAUAAUAUGCUGGAAAGAAUUCCGAGUGGCUUACCGCGCCGGGUGAAGACAUUAAUGCUUCUCCAUAAUCAGAUCUCAGAAAUUUCCAGAAAUGAUUUUGCUCACUCAUACUUUUUGACAGAGCUUAAUCUGAGUUACAAUAAACUAACCAGCCCUAAAAUCCACCCAGAUGCAUUCCGGAAAACAAGGCUGCUUGAAUCUUUGGAUUUCUCUGGAAAUAAUCUAAACGUAGUGCCCAGUGGUCUGCCAAAGAAUUUGCAUGUACUGAGGCUGAAGGAAAAUGAAAUUAAUUCAAUUCCCAAUGGCUCCCUUUCAGGAAUGACAAAGCUAAAGGAACUCUUCUUGAGUAAUAACAAACUCAAAUUGAACUCAAUAUACCCAGGAGCAUGGAAGCAACUGACUACUCUACAGCUUUUGGAUCUGUCAGGCAAUCAACUUUCCUACGUUCCUACUGAUCUGCCAGAGUCUCUUGAAUAUAUUUACCUUCAGAAUAAUCAGAUUUCUGUCAUCUCAGAGAAUGCAUUUGAAUCCACACCAAAUAUCAAAGGGAUUUUUCUUAGAGACAACAGACUUACAACAGGUAAAGUAAAAGAAAUUGCAUUUGAGAAGCUGAAGUUCUUGCAGGUGUUGGAUAUGGGAGCCUACUCUGAGUCUGCUUCUGAAUCCAAAAAGGAAGCUGGCACCUCAGGAAACAACUUAGAGAAGGAUAGUGAACAGGCUACUCGGAAUGAUAAAUAACUUUCAGUGAAAAAUAGCCAAGAUGUUCAGUGUAGUGUCUUCCAUACCAUAUUGCCUGGUAUUACUACAUAGAAGUCAUUGAAAAUAUCUAUUUCUGCUUACUCUAAUUGCCCCUACUCUCCUAAACCGUAAGCUUUACCAAAUGCCCUCAUCUAAUGAUGCUCUUACCUGUUUUCCUCCAUUGUCCUCAUCUUACCUAAACAGCCUACUAUUGCUUUGUUUUCCGGUGUACUUAUUCUUGAGUAGUCAACUUGAUUUCUUCAAGCUCAUGCUUGAUGACAUUAUCAAACUAUUCCCCUUCUCGGCAUUUAAGGAGCUCAGCUUCUUAAAACAGCUUUUAAAAGCCUUUAUCAUUCUCCUCCUGCUGAGGAACCCCAGCCUGAAUGUUUUUCAGCAUUCGCAAUUCCCAACCUUGCUUUGUUCUCAAAGACUGGAACCAGAAGAUUACCUUGCAACUACCCCCUCUGGCAACUCCUUAUACAAGUACCUACAAGCCACCUUCUCCUUCCCUGCAAGAGUGUGACUGCACAAUGUUAAAAUCACAAAUGUUUCACCUAACUCUAGUUUCCUAUUAGUCCUCAGCCUCCUUGGUCAUUCUGUGAUAGUUGUCACCACUGGCUGCUCUGUUUGCCACUAGUGUCUUUCUUGUGCGUUAUACCCAAAGGAACUGUUGCCUUCUGGUUCCUGACCGUACCUGUUUCAACGUAGUAAUGGUGUUUCCCCAAUGUCUGUUCCAACCUGUUCACCAGAUCAUCUUGGUGGGAAACAAAAUAACUCAUUAAUGUCUAUAAACUAUUCUUUGAUAAUGUUAUUUGUACUUUGUAGUUAUGAUACAACUAAAACAAACAACCACAAUUCAUCACAUAGUUAUAGCCAACCAUUAAAAGAAAAAUAAAGCAUAAAACUAAAGUAAUGUGCAACUAUGAACAUUUAAGCUUACAAAUUUCUUUAAGCAGGUUUCUUUAGUUUACAUAACCAAAAUGAAAAGCCCUCUGCAUUGAUUGUAUAGAUAUACCAGUAGUUCUGCUAUAUACGUGUUUCAUUAAUGCAAUGUGGCUGGAAAGCAAUUGAUGAAUAGUGUAUGCUGUUUGGAUAACACGAGCUUUCUGCUGUAUGGAUAUAGCAAUUUUCUAUAGCAAUUCCCUAUAAUGUGAUUUUCUUUGUGAUUUUCUAUAGUAUGGGGUCACACUUAAACACAACGAUCUCAUUAUAGGAGAACUGCCUGUAGUGAUAUAGUUCCAAGUCAGGAUGUUUUCUGACUUAGAAGGGGUCAUGUAAAUAGUGAUGUUCCCAAGUAUUUGCUGUCUUUGUAUUUCUAGGUGGUAGAAGUUGUAGAUUAGGAAGGUGCUUUUGCUGGAUCCUGCUGCGUUACUGCAGUGCAAUUUGUAGAUGGUACACACUGCUGCCCCUGUGCAUUUGUGGGGUGAAGAUAAUGGAUUGGGUGCCAACCUUGUGGGUUGCUCUUUCUGAACAGUUGUGAGCUUCCACUAUGUUGUUGGAACUGCACCUAUGCAGGCAUGUGGAUGGUAUUGCACUAAUGGACUUGUGCUUUUUACUCAGUGGACAGGAACUAGAGAGUCAGGAGGUGAGUUCUUGCUACAGGAUUCAUUGCUUUUGUAGAUAUAGAAUUUAUUGGGCUAAAGCUAAUUUAGUUUCUGGUCGGUGGUAACACCCAGGAUGGUGACAGUGGGAGAUUCUACAAUGGUAAUUGCAUUGAAUAUCAAAGGGUCGAUCUUUAAAUUCUCUUUUGUUGGAGUUUGUCAUUACUUAUAGGUGUGUAAAUGGAUGAGAUGAGUGAGUAGGUAACUGAGUAAGGAGUAGAUGGGUGAGUAGUUAGGCUGAGUGAAUGAAUGAGAAGGAGCAGGGUGGGUAGAGGGCACUUAAGUUCGAGGGCUGGUCAUGUCAGAUUGUGAGGGUAGUCAGGUUAUGGGGGUGGCUGCUUUGUUGGGGAUAAGGGGAUCAACUGGGUUGUGUUCAGUUUGGUAUUUCUGUACGGAAUAGUCAGGUAGUUGGGCAAUAGUUGAGGCUCAGUGGAGUAGUAAGGUCAGGGGUUAAUUGCAUCAGUGGUAUUCAGGUGAUCGGUGGGUAGACUGGUGGGGAGGGAUGUUUUCAGGAAUGUAUUUGGAGGCAUUCAUGAUUAGGAUUAUUCAGAUGGUUGGGAAUUGUUCUGGAAUUCAGAGAUAUACUUGGGUGGAUGAGAGUGUUUGUCAAGCUAGAAUUGGGGCUGAGCCAGGGGACUUAGUUGGGAGAUUGGGAUUCAUUGGGAACUCAAUGGGUUAGUUGGAGAGGGAAAAGCAUAUGAUUGGGGUUUUAGUUGUUUAGUUAACCAAGAGAUAGAUAAGAUUUAAUUUUUCCAGUACUUUCUGGCUAGUUAUUCAAUCACCAUAAAACUGUUCAAAUUCUUCAACUCUAACUCACAAACAUAUGUGGGAAGUGCCCCGGACAUUUUCACUUCCGACAGGCAAUUCCUCUGAUCGCUGAGACCCUCUAGAAAUUAGAGAGAGUUGGAUUGCUCAGAGGUGGUGGAGGGUCUCAGGGAUAAGAGGAAUUAUCUAUCUGAAGUGUAAAGAUCCUGAGCGGUUCCCACAUAUUUUCAUGCAUCAGAACUUCCACAUUUUCCCAAGGCACAUCUCCAGCCCUAAUCCAGUAGCUAUUGACGCAGAGACUAGAAGAUUUGGCCUUUUGUGUCUGACACUAAGAUCUAAAUGAGCCAGAGCUUUUCACCAGUUGAGGAAUUCUCUUUUUCGUGACCUCAACUACUUCAUUGCCUUCAGUUAAUUUCCUCAAGUAAUUUAAGUUACCAUUAUUAUCUCAAUACCUAACUUCUGUAACUUCAACAUGUGACCUCAACUCUCCGCAGACAUCACCACAUCAAAAACAACCCAGAUUCUCACUCUUCAUUCUUUCAUUCAUUCCAACCUCCGUUGUUUAUCUACUCCUUUGAUAUGAAUUCUUAACCUUGUUUUAAGGCUCUUCAUGGUUGUAGAGUUACUUGCAGCACGUAAGAAGACUAUUUACAGCACAUAAGAAGAGCAUUCAGCCCAACAUGUUUGUGCCAGAUUUGCGCAUGAAAAUCUGGAUGGACUUUCCAAUAUUGCCUUAUCCCUUUCAUGGUUACCUCUUGCCUUUUAUCCCAACACAUACCCAUGGCUCCUCUAACAGAGGGCCUCUCUUUGUUUGCUUCACCAUCUGCAGUUGCUCAUUUACUCAGAUUCCUCAUAUAUCCAGGUCCUCUGUCCGGACACCUCCCUCCACAUUUUUAUAUCCUUCUCAGAUUACUCCCCUUCAGUUGAAUUCUUGACUUCACAUCCAAACCUCUCAAUUUUAUUUCCCCUUUAACUAUGCUGUAUUCUGUUUCAUUUAUUGCCUCCAUCUUGUAAAGUGCUCUGAAAUAUUGUCUGAAUGUAAGGAACAAUAAAAGAAUGCAAGAUAAAAUAUAUAUUUACAAGGGAAGAACAAUGGAAAAAGUGGGAAAGCAGUGGCAGUGAUGCUACUUGAAUAUCUCAUAAAUGAACAAGUUGUGUUGAGAACCAUAUAUCUUACUUAGAAUGAAUUCCCAAAUUAACAGAUAUAUAUUUAUCUAACAGAUACAUAUUUUUGUUCUGAAUUGCUUUGCGAGGUCAAAAUACUUCUAUCAAAUUUUAUCAAUCCAUCCAUCCAUCAAUGGAUAAUUCUGCUGAUCACAGAAUAAUACAGCAUAAAAGGAGUCCAUAUGGCUUAUUGUACCUGUGAUCAUGAGAUACAUUGCUACUUAACCAAUGAGCUAAUGCUAUAAAUGGUGAAAUACUUUAUUUGUCAAUGUUGGUACCAGUGAAAUUUAAAAAAGGACUUGAACACAUUGCUAAUUGAGUUUUAGUUGGGUGAUCCAAUAUCAUGGGACUGCUUUUGGGCUAGGGUGUAAUUUUCACAGAAAUGAUUUGAAUAUUGUCUCUCUCUGAUGUGUUAGAGUGUCUUUAUUUGUAAAUCAUUUAUUAAAA